AUUUUGCUGUGGACUAUAAAUGGAUACCCUGGAUAAACCUGGAGGAGGGAUCGAGAGGGUACUAAAAAAAAGUGGUAACCCGGAUGUCACACUUGCCCUGUGUCCCAGGGUAAUGGGUUCCCACAACAGGAUCAAGGCCUAAUAAAACGGAGCCUUCACUCCCUGGCCCUGUACGCCGCGCCGCCGCUCGCCCCGCCGCCGCUCACGCCAUGUCGUCGUCUUUAGAUCAGCUGGAAAAUCAACUAGAAACAUUCAUAGAAAAUGUGAGACAAAUAGGAAUAUUAGUCAGCGACUUUCAGCCACAAGGACAACAAGUUCUCAAUCAAAAACUACAGAAUCUAAUAACCAACAUGCAAGACAUAGACAAGCUUCGUAAUGCUGUUCAAGAAGUACAUGUCCCAUUGGAAGUUUUUGAAUACAUUGAUGGAGGAAGAAACCCACAGCUGUACACCAAGGACUGCAUGGAGAAAGCUUUGACCAAAAAUGAACAGGUUAAUGGAAGAAUUGACUCCUACAAGAGAUUUAAGGCAAUGCUGUUGGUGGAGCUCUCUCAUGUAUUCCCCAAUGAAAUGACUCGUUACCGGGCUGUUCGGGAGGAACUUAGCUGAUGAGUGUCAUGUUGGUAUCCUUCACAAUUGUGCAAAACCUACCCUCUUGCUGUGUGCUUCAUUUUCUUUAAAAAGCCUUAACUGCCAGCUAGUGUCUGGAUAGCAUAUAAGAUGCUGGUCUCACAAAAUGAUUUUUCAAUCACAAGAAUACUCUAGUAGAUCUCUUGAAUGUGCUUUAGUUCAUUAACAUUAUUUGUCAUGGUUGAAAUCCAAUAGUACUCGGCAUCGGGGGAGGGGCAACAGCAUAGCCUCAAACAAAGUAAAACAGUUAAGUAUAGUGAAGUAGGCAAGAUUUUUACGUUAAUUUCAUAUGUACUAACUUUUCUCAAGUCUUAAUAAACAUUUACCAAUA